CGUCCGGGAUGUUCAGCUGGCUGGGCAAGCAGGGCGGGCGGCAGCGCAACGGAGAGGCCGAGGACGUGGUGCGGACGGUGACGGGCGGCCUGAAGGAGCUCUACGCCAAGAAGCUGCUGCCGCUGGAGGAGCACUACCGCUUCCAUGACUUCCACUCGCCCGCCCUGGAGGGCGCCGACUUCGACAACAAGCCCAUGGUGCUCCUCGUGGGCCAGUACAGCACGGGCAAGACCACUUUCAUCAGGUAUCUGUUAGAGCAGGAUUUUCCAGGGAUGAGGAUUGGUCCGGAGCCAACGACAGAUUCUUUCAUUGCUGUGAUGUACGGAGAAACCGAAGGGAGCACUCCUGGUAAUGCUCUUGUGGUGGACCCAAAGAAGCCAUUCCGCAAACUAAGUCGUUUUGGCAACGCAUUCUUGAAUAGGUUCAUGUGUGCACAGUUACCUAAUCAGGUUCUGAAGAGCAUCAGCAUCAUAGAUAGCCCUGGCAUCCUUUCAGGAGAAAAACAGCGUCUCAGUAGAGGCUAUGACUUCUGUCAGGUCCUGCAAUGGUUUGCUGAAAGAGUGGAUCGUAUUAUCCUCUUAUUUGAUGCUCAUAAACUUGAUAUUUCUGAUGAGUUCUCGGAAGCGAUCAAAUCAUUCCGGGGCCAGGAUGAUAAGAUCCGGGUGGUAUUGAACAAGGCUGACCAAGUGGACACCCAGCAGCUAAUGAGAGUCUAUGGUGCACUCAUGUGGUCCUUGGGAAAAGUGAUCAACACUCCAGAGGUAUUGCGGGUCUACAUUGGCUCUUUCUGGGCUCAGCCGCUGCAGAAUACUGAAAACAGAAAGCUGUUUGAGGCAGAGGCACAGGAUCUGUUCCAAGACAUUCAGAGCCUACCUCAAAAGGCAACUGUGAGGAAACUCAAUGAUCUUAUCAAAAGGUCACGACUUGCAAAGGUACAUGCUUAUAUCAUUAGCCAUCUAAAGAAGGAAAUGCCGGCUGUAUUUGGAAAAGAAAAUAAGAAGAAAGAACUGAUCAACAACCUUCCUGAGAUUUAUCGUCAGUUGCAACGGGAAUACCAGAUCUCCCCGGGAGACUUCCCAGAAGUUGGGAAAAUGCAGGAACAACUGGCCGGGUACGACUUCACCAAAUUCCACACUUUGAAACCAAAGCUGAUUGAAGCUGUCGAUAACAUGCUGUCAAGUAAAGUGUCUUCUUUAAUGAAUCUGAUCACCCAGGAAGAGCGCAGCAUGCCUACACAGAUGGUGCAAGGCGGGGCAUUUGAUGGCACCACAGCAGGACCAUUUGACCACGGUUAUGGGGAAGGUGCCAAGGAAGGAGCCGAUGAGGAGGAAUGGAUUGUUGCCAGAGAUAAACCUGUAUAUGAUGAGAUCUUUUACACUCUCUCUCCAAUCAAUGGCAGGAUCUCUGGGGCCAGUGCAAAGAAAGAAAUGUUGACUUCCAAACUGCCAAACAGUGUCCUGGGGAAAAUCUGGAAGCUUGCAGACUGUGAUAGUGAUGGCAUGUUGGAUGAGGAAGAAUUUGCGUUAGCAAAACAUCUCAUCAAGAUAAAAUUGGAGGGGUAUGAACUCCCCAAUAUCUUACCUCCGCAUCUGGUGCCUCCAUCUCAUAGAAAAUCUUUGUAGGUGGAGCGAC